CUCCCCUCUGUAUCCCGGCGUGCACUGGGGCUCCGCCGGAUGUGGAGGACGCCUCAUGGCUCAGGGGAAGCAGAAAUUCCAGGCCCAGAAGCCGGGCGGGGGGAAGAAGCCGGCGGCCCAGGGCGUCCGGGGACCCCGGAAGGGAGGCCGGAUAAUUGCUCCCAAGAAAGCUCGGGUGAUCCAGCAACAGAAGCUGAAAAAGAACUUGGAAGUCGGUAUCCGGAAGAAGAUUGAACACGAGGUGAUGAUGAAAGCCAGCACCAGCAUGGCCAAGAAGUUGACCGUGGUCAAAGCACCAGAGAAGGGAGCCAAGAAGAAGGGCCAGUCCAGCAAGUCUCCCCUGUAACCUGAGCUGCUCAGCUUGAAGCCCUGUGGAGGGAUGGGGGCAGCUGUGUGUCCCUGAACACAAGUGCUUUUGCAGCAACGUCCUCCUCUAACUUCUCCCAUGGUUCAUAUUCCCCCAGGGCCUGUUGCAUGCCUUGUAGCUGGGGAUGGGGGAUGGCUUAUGGCUUAACCCUACGUGGUUCACCUGCCUCGUGCCACAAAUGGCACAAGCGAAGCCUGUCUUGUCACCUGGAAGGACGCUGAGGCUGAACGGGGCAGGGCAGCUCGGUCAUUCUCAGCCAGGUCCCAUGCGAGGGAUUCUCGGUCCCUUCCCUGUGGCAGGAAAAUGACUGAGGGCUGUGCUCCCACUGCAGAGUUAGGCAGGGUGUUUCCUCAGGCAGCAGCGGGUGUAGCCACAGCAGAGUUAGCGAGAACAGUCUCAAGGCUUUUGGCUGGUGAAUUGCUGGCUGUGGGCCCCUCCUCCCAAGCUUGGGAGCCCUGUUGGAGUUUGUGGCAGCAGCUAGGAAAACCUACUUUUGUGAAUUAUGCACCUGGGGCUAAACUCAUUUGCUGUGAGUGGAGGUGGAGCAGCUUGGGCCUGUGGAGCUGAGAUGCUAAAUCUCGUGUUCUCUUACCAGCGCCCUUGACUGACUCUAGCCGCGCAGAUUGGUCUCUGAAAAUGCCUGGGGGAAGGAACACGCUGCCGGGAUGUCUCCCUGCCCUGACUAUCCUCCGGUGCUUUAAUAAAAUGUACUGGGGGGAACGUCCUCUCCUGUAA